AGAUCUGAGCACUGCGUGUACCAGUGGGUGGAGUUGGUAGAGGAAAGAGUGAAAAGUCAUUAUUCUACUCUCAGAUGAGUCCAGCAGGAGAAAGGGCACUGAUCGUUUGGCAGCACACAUCAUCGACUUGGAAGCACUCAGGCAAAUACUUAGAAGUGCAGCCUGGAAAGAAAAUACAAGUUGCAAAGGCAGCAACAGCAAAAGAGAGAAGUGUCGGAAUCUGGAAAAACAAGAGGGUCCCUUGGAGAAGGAGACUGAAGAAUCCAUGGCUCCCCAUCACAUCCGGAAAUAUGAAGACCAAGACAGGGAGGCUGUGAUAGACAUAUUCACUAAGGGAACACUGUAUCUGAAUCCUUCUUGCUUCUUCCAUCUGCUAAAGCAGCCAAGAGGCUUCCUGGUCCUGCUAGGGGGCCCCAGUGCCCUGUUCCUUGGGUCUGGUUCCCUCCUCCUGUCUCUCUUGGCCUUCCUGGGCUUCUUGGCUGUCCUGUGGUGGGUUGCUGCAUAUCCCUUCUCCUCCUAUCUUGACCAUGCUUUGCACACAGACAUGAAAGACAUCAGGAAAUCCUAUCUCAGUGCCAGAGGGUCUUGUUUCUGGGUAGCAGAGUCAGAGGGUCAGGUGGUGGGCAUGGUGUGUGCCCGCCCGGCACAAGAGGCUUCAGGAAGACAGAAAAACCUGGAGUUGCUCCAUUUGUCAGUGGACCAAGAGCACUGGGGCAAGGGUAUUGCCAAAUCCCUUACCCAAACUGUGCUCCAGUUUGCACAGGACCAAGGCUAUGAUAACGUAGUCUUGAGUACCAUUAAAUUGAAUUAUGCAGCUCAACGAUUGUAUGAGCGUCUGGGCUUCUGGAAAUCACAUGAAGCCUUUGUUUCUCUGAAAUGGAAGAUGAUAGCUAUUCCUUUUUUCUUCUAUGAAUAUACAGUUGCUUCUUCACUCUAAAAGCUCCUUGAGGGGACAGCUGGAUAGCUCCAUGGAUUGAGAGCCAGACCUAGAGAUGGGAGGUCCUGGGUUCAAAUCUGGCCUCAGACACUUCUAAGCUGUGUGACCCUGGGCAAGUCACUUGACCCCCAUUGCCUAGACCUGACCACUCUUCUGCCUUGGAACCAAUACACAGCAUUGAUUCCAAGACGGAAGGUAAGGUUUUUUUUAAAAAAGCCCCUUGAACCAUCUUUGUCUUUAACCCUUUAUAAAAAUAUUGAUUGACUCACAAUAAUACUGAGCAUACCAUCAGCACUCAUUAAGGCUGUAAACUGCUGCCACUGACUCUCUUCUCUUGUGUUAAAUGCCCCGCUGCCAAAAAACAAAAGGGAUUUAUGAUGGGUGGGUAGAAUCACAGAAUCUCAGAACUAGAAAGAAUCUCAUUGGCAUCCAGGCUAACUCAGUGUUAAACAGGAAUCACUACCACAACAUAUUGAUUAAUGACAAUCCAGGCUUUGCUUGGACCCCUUUAGUGAGAAGAAAAACUCUGCCUUGGAAGGAAGCCCAUUCCACUUUCUCAUAUUCAAUAAAUGCUUGGGAUUUGAAGGCGAGUUGGGUCAUUUCUUUAAGUGUCAGAAAUUUAGAUCGAACAAAGCAAGAUGGUGCUCUCUGGUUACCUGCAAGGAGUGCCUCAUUGCAUAGAUAUCAAGCAUGGAUAGUGUGAAGAUAAUACAUGAUAUGACAGAAAUGGGUUUAGGGGAAGGGGAAUCCUUUGUUUUGUAGAGUGUUGCCAUUCUUAUUCCUCCAGUAAAGCUACCCUUUGAUACCUCAGGGUGAGAGGUGAAAAGAAUUUCCACAAUGACCUACCCAACUGGUGGUGGUCCAGCCUCUGAUGAAAAACUUCCAAAGAUGGGGAACCUCUGGCCCCAUCUGAUUGUCUUUAAUCUCUUGUCCAAGGACUAGCCUAGAUGAACUUGGAGAAGCUCAUCUCCACAUCUACAAGGGGAUGAAUUUUUUUUUGCCUCAAAAAUUCUUGAUGAGGGGGCAGCUUGGUGGCUCAGUGAAUUGAGAACCAAACCUAGAGACAGAAGGUGAGGGUUAAAAAAAAUUCUUGAUAUUCAACCCUAUCCAAGAAUCUUAAUCAUAUUUGGUAUUGUAUAUUUCUAGAAGUCUGAUGAAUCCUAAGGAUCUCUUCUUAGAAUAAUGUUUUUAAAUACAUAAAAAUACAUAAAAUAAAAUACACAGCAUUACAAAUUAUAUAUAUAUAUAUAUAUACUUUUUAAAAAACCCUUACCUUCUGUCUUGGAAUCAAUAUGGUGUAUUGCUUCCAAGGCAGAAGAAUGAUAAGGGCUAGGCAAUGGGUGUCAAGUGAAUUGCCCAGGAUCACACAGCUAGGAAGUGUCUGAGGUCAGAUUUGAACCCAGGACCUCCCAUCUCUAGGCUUUGCUCUCAAUACACUGAGCUACCCAGCUGGCCCCUUUAUACAUAGACUUUUGCACUCAGUGGAUGUACAACUCAAUAAUCAUUGAAUUAUUAUUCUUUAUGAAUGGCAAUAUAUAAAUAAACUUGAGACCUGGGUUGAAUUAAAUUAUAAACAUAUUUUUUAAAGCAAAGCACCAAUCUUAGUUAAAAGGUAUUGGUGGAAGAAGGAUGCACGUAUAUGAAAUUAUAGAUCUUAGAAGUAUUGUGUACCAACAAAGUAAGAAGUACAAGUUUUGGAACCUGGUGGUUCAGGGUUUGAAUCCUGACUUUGACACAUACUAGUUGUGUGAUCACUUAGCCUCCCUAGGUUUCUUCAUUUGUAAGAUGAGGGAAUUGGACCACAUAGUGUCUAAGCUUCCUUCUAGCUUUGUCUAUAAUCCUAUCAUCACUAUUGGUAAGAAUAGGACUUUCAGCAUUAUUAUUAUUAUUAGAAUGCUCUAGAAACACAAAUGAACACCCUUGCUAUUACUCCCAAAUUUUAAAAAAUGAACCUUUUCCCAUGGUCUGAACAGUCCAUCUGAGCUGGUGGUUUUGAAUAGGGAAACUUAUGAUCUGCUCAGUGAGAGUGUGUGUGGGGAAAGAAGUUCCUGUUUCCUGUCCCUUCCUUCUUUUACCUCACAAGUCAAUAUUGGUAUGGGUUUAGAGAAAAAGUAAAAAGCUGCCUAAUUGGAAAACUCUUAGAAGAAAGUACAAUUUCCUCUAGUCUCUAGUUGGACUCACUUUCAGGAAGCAAUAUCAAAGAAAAUAAUAGCUGGGUACUUGGGAGUGUGAAGAUUGGAUUUAACUAUCUCCUGAUUGUAACAAUGAAGAUACUUAGCUCUUCCUUUAUUGUGAAGAUUGAUUGUAAUCUCCUAAUUGUAACAAUGAAGGUACUUAUUUAUUGGGAAGAUUGAAUUGUAAUCCAGUCUAUUUUUAGAUUUUAAUCCCCAAAAGGUGAUAACUCAGUAUGUGAAGUAUAUCUACCCAUUUUAACUACAAAAGGUGUUAAGUAACCCAAAAGGCGUAAUCUUACCAAAGAAGGUGUGAACUACAGAAUGGGCAGGCCUGGAGAGGAGCAUCUGCUGUGAUUGGUAGACGUGAAAUUUAGGGGAGGUGACACAAGAGGAAAAGAUCUUUAAAAAGAGGACAAAAGGUGAGAAGAAGAUAUUUAGAUAUAUUGGAUUUGAGAUUCAAUUCAAGGAUAUCAAAGAACUCUCUGACUCAGAGGAGAGACUGGAAGACAGACACUUGGGGAGAGACUGGAAGACAGACACCCAGACUUCUUUACAGUUUAGAUGGUCACUGAUGGUAAGUGAAAGGCUGACAUAGUGAUCCUGCCUUUCUGGAGGUAUAAAGCCUCCAGGAAAGGCCCAUAUGAGACUCUUUUCCUUGAUUAGGGCCUUAGUAUUUCUACCUGGCUCAGAGGAAGUCGAAGUUUCCUUUCUCUCUCUCAUUCCUUAAUAUAUUCCUUCUAUUGUAAAUAAAACUACCAUAAAUUCCA